GUGUCGUAUUAAAUUCGCCGUGGAGAUUAAAUCCUCUAUUGCCGUCGCCGCCGCCGCUGAUCAAAUAGAUCGAGAGAGGGACAGGGGAAGAAGAUUCCGACAUUGUUGGCUUAGUGGAUCCGGGAGAGAGUAAACAGAAAGAGAGAGAGAUGGCUAUGUCUCAGAUUGUGAACACGUACCCGCUUUCGAACUACAGCUUCGGAACAAAAGAACCGAAGCUCGAAAAAGACACCUCCGUCGCGGAUCGACUCGCUCGUAUGAAAAUAAACUAUAUGAAAGAGGGCAUGAGGACUAGCGUUGACGCCAUUCUGCUGGUACAAGAACACAACCAUCCUCACAUACUUCUCCUGCAAAUUGGUAACACCUUCUGCAAACUUCCAGGUGGACGCCUGAAGCCUGGAGAGAAUGAAGUUGAAGGCCUGAAGAGAAAGUUGACCAGUAAGCUUGGAGGCAAUUCCGCUGGUCUUGUACCUGAUUGGAAGGUAGGAGAAUGUGUUGCGACAUGGUGGCGUCCAAACUUCGAAACCAUGAUGUACCCUUACUGCCCUCCUCACAUCACGAAACCAAAGGAAUGUAAGAGACUCUAUGUGGUUCACUUGUCUGAGAAAGAGUACUUUGCAGUGCCCAAAAACUUGAAGCUCUUGGCCGUCCCUUUGUUUGAACUCUAUGACAACGUUCAGAGAUAUGGGCCAGUUAUAUCGACCAUUCCUCAACAGCUGUCCAGAUUCCAUUUCAACAUGAUUAGUUCGUGAUUCUACUUACUUGGUGUUGAAGAACAAGAAACCUGUUUGAUGGUAAGUUACUUUGGCAGGGUUUUGGAGAUGAGUGUGUGGUUUUUUCCAUUAUAGACUUUCUCGGUUAAUGAAGAACCGGUUCAUUAAAGUUUCAGCACAAGCAGAUUAUUUGAUCUCAUUUCUAUCUAAUAGCAUUCGUCAUUAUGUGACUAACAGCGGUCUUGUCUAACCGUGGAACAUGUAUUUUCGCGUAGUGUUCAAUGAUAUUUCUAUUUUGGUUGCUA